AUGUCGAGCCAGAACCAAGGGAUACCAUUCUACAAUGCCUCAGAUAGCUCGGGCUUCCGCCUCAUAGAGAUACCGCCCGAGCUUGAGACGCUGCUCCAGGGUCCCAAUCCACCAGUGCUGUAUCUAGAGCCCGGUCCCGAUGACAUGGCCACCUUGCGCAGCCCAGAGCACACGUACAAUCUCAAGCAGAAGAAUACUUCCAACAGCCUGUUCCUCGUCAAGCCCUACACGGCCGACGCGGCCUCUCCCCAACAGGGCGUUGCGGCCGUCGCCACCAUCAAAGAGACGGUUGAGCUCGAGCGCGUUAAGAAGAUGACGGACGGGGAACCCGCGCCGCCCGCGAAGACUGUCGGGAAGUGGCAUGAGAGAUUUGCUCACGGCCGGUAG